AUGUCCGUAAUCACAUGGGAUCAUGUAGACAAUCAGCAAACUUUGCUUACAGAAAAACAACUGGAAUCAAUAUUUCUGCUGAAUUCAUUGAAUUCAAUACACGGAGAAAUCACAUCAAGUAGUACUGCCAGUCGUACCACCUUCAUUGCUGAUCAGACUGAUAAAUACGAGGGUCAAACUACGCAAGAUAAUGUAUCGCUACAUUCAGCUUCACAUUUCUAUUCAUGGUUAUGGUCCGUUGAACAAAAUUUAAGUGAUGAGAUACCUGAAGCACCAAGUGAAUUUUUGACUUUCCUAUCUCGUAAAAAAUUGGAAUGUUCGAGGGUUUUGAGCAUUGUUGAAGAAAUUUUGUCCAAGUUAUCUAAUUUGGAAAAUAAUUACUUUAGCAUAUCGCAGAGUACUAAUGAAUUACAUGAGUUGUGUGAACAUUUAUUGAGGCAACAAAAUGAAAUGAUUGAAUACGCCACUUCUAUUGAAGAAUGUCUGGUUAAUUUUGUUCAAGUGGAUAUGAUUCAAGCUGAACUUGGAGUCUCUAAUUUCGUCGUAUCCCGCGAGAAAUUGUUGCCGAUUCUAAAUAAACUCGACUCAAGUUUACUUUAUUUUCGAGAACACCCAAAUUUUAAAGAAUCUCAAAAUUAUUCAAUCAAAGUAAAAUCCUUGCUUAAAAUUGCUCUUGAAUAUAUUAAAAGCAAUGUAACUAAUGUUAUGGAGAGAACUAUAAAUGAGCUUUUAGAGUUGCAUGAUGUUAUCAGUCCUGAAAACUCAUUUAUUUUACUUUAUGGACGAUUUCGUUCACAAGGACCAAAAAUACGCUCUUUGAUGUCACUUUUAGAAGAAAGAGUACACGUUGCUGAUGAAUAUGUUCAAAUAAUGCAAGAUUGUCAUAAAUUUUACUUACAUCAUCGAGAAGAACUAUUAACACCAGUUGCUCAAAAUGGAAUUUUAGAUCUUGUUCAAAAAUAUUCUGAUGAUCAUUGUGCAUUGCUUCGAUCUGCUGGAACAUUCAUGUUGCAUAUGUGUGAAGAUGAAAUGCGUUUGUUUAAUCAAUUCUUUUCACCGAAAUUUUCACAAUCAAUUAAUCAAAUGUUAAAUAAAUUAUGUCGAUGUUUAUAUGAUGCUGUUAGACCUUUAAUAAUUCAUAUCAACCAUAUUGAAAUAUUAUCUGAACUAUGUGAUAUAUUGAAAGAUGAAUUACUUCAACAUGAUGAGAUGAAAACUACAACUAAAUCACCAGACAUUGUAGCGUUUACUGAUCUUUGUGGUAUGUUACUGGCUGAUAUUCAAGAACGAUUAAUAUUUCGAGCACAUAUAUACAUUAAAUCACAAAUUUUCGGUUUUGUUCCAAGUCCUGGAGAUCUUUCUUAUCCUGAAAAAUUGGAAAUGAUGAGCGAUAUUGCAAAACGUGUCUCAAUGCCUAUCAAUGCAAACAAUGCAUCAGAUGAAAACAAGGAAUCUGAAAACUCGGAAGCAGUCAUUGCGGAAACUGAUUCUGCUGAAUCUAAUUCUCAGGAUAAUAAGCCUACUACUUCUGAUUUAGCAAUUCAACCAGGACCUAAUAUGUCUUUAGCUCCAGCAGAUUUGCAUGGUAUGUGGUAUCCAACAGUACGUCGUACUUUGGUAUGUCUUUCGAAACUUAGUCGUUGCUUAGAUGCUGAUUCUUUUCGUGGUUUAGCCCAAGAAUGUGUAUCUACAUGUGUGCAGUCAUUAGUGAAAGCAAGUGAUUUAAUUAGUCUCCGUCGGACAACAAUCGAUGGUCAAUUAUUUCUCAUCAAACAUUUAUUGAUACUUCGUGAACAAAUGGUACCAUUCGGUAUUGAAUUUCUAAUUAAAGAAACUAGCCUAGAUUUUUCUCCAUAUAAAAAUGUAGCACGUAGUAUUUGGGAACAAAAAGGAACUGGUUUAUUUUCAUUAACUAGAGAAAACGCAUUAUUACGAUUCUUAUUAGAAACACCAAAUGCUGUUGAUAUUGAAUUAGAUUCUAGGCGUCAAUUAGAUAGUCAAUUAAAAUAUACAUGUGAAUUACUUAUUGAACAACAAGUUUUACAAUUAACCGGUGAAUUGUCAAAUUUUCUUAAACGGGCUCAUUCUAUUCUCGCUGCUCCAGGUGCACGUCUUUCUGACCAACCCUUUGCAAAUCCAUCAUACAUAAAAGAAAUGGUUUCAAAUGCGCAUCGAUUACUCUGUAUGGCACUUGGUCGUAAUUCCAGUUCAAAUCGUUCUGAUACGAUAAAACACCAUACUAUACCGAAUUUACGAAAAUGUUUACAUAUUUAUCUAGCUAAUCCAGUGACAGAAAAUAUUUUAUUACGUCGUAUUCAAUCAGGUGUUAUAUCACAGUGGAGAUCUAUGUAUCAAUUGUUAAUUGAUAAUUAUAAUGAUGAAGAUCGUAUGAUAAUUGGUUGUCCGACAGAAAGUCAAAUUCGACUUAUAUUUCAAGAUAUUUGA